CCUCCUCCUCUUCUCCUCCCCACUGAGAUCCCGCCAUCGCCAUGGCUCCUCCGCCGCCGCCGCGCUCGCCGCCGGAGACGAUGCACUAGGAGCGGCGAUUCUACACCGAGAUUGGUGGCCGAUCCGGGCCCGUGCAUGCUUUGGAUUUGCGGUAAAGGAAGGAUUUUUUUUCUUUGGGGGCUAAUUGAGUGAAGGCAGCGAGGCGAGGGAGAAGGUAUGGCCUUGGAAAUGGUAAAGGCGGCGACGAGUGAGAAGCUCAAAGAGAUGGACUGGGCCAAGAACAUCGAAAUCUGCGAGCUCGUCGCUCAGGAUCCUGGGAAAGCGAAGGAUGUGAUCAAGCCUAUAAAGAAGUAUUUAGGAAGCAGGAGCAAGAAUACUCAACUUUAUGCUGUAAUGCUGUUAGAGAUGCUCAUGAAUAACUGCGGAGAGCCUAUCCACAGGCAGGUCAUUGAUAACGGUCUUCUCCCAAUACUUGUGAAGAUUGUGAAGAAAAAGACAGAAUUACCAGUUCGUGAAAAGAUAUUUCUUUUGCUGGACGCGACCCAAACAUCCCUUGGUGGAGCUAAAGGGAAAUUCCCUCAGUACUAUGGUGCAUAUUAUGAGUUGGUGUCUGCUGGCGUUCAGUUUUCAAACCGUCCAAAUGUUGUUGUUACACAAGCACAAGCCCCAGUCCCAGUCCCAGAACCAACAAUUGAACCAAAUAAUAACAGUUUAUCUAGGAGAUUGGAUGAAGGCCAGAAGGAAGUGCAUGCACAGCCUGUUUCAGAGUCGAGUAUAAUCCGGAAAGCUUCUAGUGUCAUGGAAGUUCUAAAGGAUGUGCUUAAUUCCAUGGAUCCUAGACUCCCUGAGGGAGCAACGGAUGAGUUUGUAUUGGAUCUUGUGGAGCAAUGUACAUUUCAAAAACAGCGAAUCAUGCACCUGGUUAUGACGUCGAGGGAUGAACUGGUGGUAUCACAAGCAAUAGAACUGAAUGAAGAGCUUCACAAGGUCCUUGUACGGCAUGAUGCAUUGCUUUCAGUUGAACCAACUACAACAGUAGCUUCUACUCUCAAGGAAGAAGAGGAAGAAGAUGCUGAAAGUCUUUACCGGAGGCUUCGAAAGGGUAAAGCAUUAUCGGAAGAUUACACACAUGAUUCCAUACCAUCAUUUAGAUCUAUACCUGAAGACAAGAUGCGCCGCCCGCUCACCAUUGAGCCAUCCCAUACUGAUAAGAAACUGGGGGCACUGAAUAUUCGCUCUCCAGAUCCUGAGGUGAGGCCUGAAGCCGUGCUGAUUCCACCACCGCCUGCCAAGCACGCCGAGAGGGAGAGGUUCUUCCGGGAGAAGAGCAUGGAUGCCAACUUGCUCGGCCAUCUUGCAGGCCUAUCGGUGCACAGCCGGGAUGGCAGUAGUUCGUGUAGUGGCAGCACCGAUUAUGGUGACUGAGGUGUAGUACAUGUGGUAUAUACAGUUUCUUUUUUUUUGUUCUUCAGGAUGAUCUUCUGCUUGCCCGCCAAUUGAUGUUGAGAGAGAGGCAGCCUCAGCCUCAUCGUCGCUGACCAUUGUACACUUGGUUUUCUAAUUCUUUUACAAUUCUUCCCCUUCUCCUUACCUGACAUUAUUGGGAGACAUGCUGUGUUGUGAUCAUUCAGUUCUAUAGAGAUGCUUGCGU